ACAAUCGUAACUCGUAAACAAAUUCAUUAACACACAAACUGUAGCAAUUUUAUUUUCAAUCACUUCAACUAUUAGUACUAGCACGGGUGUACGUGUGUUUCAUCGUUCAAUAAUUAGUUGUUUAUUAUUAAAAUUAUUUAUGUGUUGAAUUAUAUUGAAUUAAAUCAUGUUUUUAUAUUUUGUUACAAUACAGUAAUUAUACUAGAGUCUGGAAUAAUCAUAAAUAAUUUUAAUAAAGUUUUUGAUUUUAAGUAAAGUUAAAAACAUUUUAUAGGUAAAUGAUAUUACAAGUUUAAGAACUCCAGAACCUGAACUCAUAUAUCAUUUACAAUGCAAAAUAAAAGACAAAAAUUAGAAUCCAGCAGAGGUGAAACAUGUAAAAUAUCGUCUUAUACAGAGACCUUUGAAGUGUUACAAACAUUGCGCAAAGAUGGGUUUUUUUGUGACGUUAAACUAAAAACAGACGAUAACAAAAUAAUAAUCGCACAUAAAGUGGUUUUGGCAUCGGCUAGUCCAUAUUUCUAUGCAAUGUUCACCAAAUUUUCAGAAAAGAAUACUGAACUUGUCGUAAUGAGAGAGAUCGAUUCAACCGCUUUACAGAUGUUGGUAAACUUUAUAUAUUCGGGGGCUAUCGAGGUCACCAAAGAAAAUGACCAGGUAAUACAAUAAAAAUUGGAUUUAUUAUAUAUAAAUCAAAAACAUUUAAAUUGUUUAUCGUUUAUUUCUCUAGAUUUUAUUACAAGCUGCAAAUAUCUUGCAGUU